AUGUUUGCGACACAAUUGGCACCAGAUAACGCUAAAGCAUGGCACGACGUAGUGAAAUUCUUCCGUGCAUGCGGUAUAAAAUUCCCAGAAACGGGACACGAUAUCGCUGUCUUGGUGCUUUGUUUUACGGCACCACACUGGGAUGUCUACAUGCCAUGGCUACUUACUUGUUGGAAAUCUGCCGAAGAUUUUAUACACAGUGCUGGGACGAAUAUGAUUGAUCUUGUCACAAUGGCUGGAUGUACAUAUACUGCUUUCACGACAUUACAGCCGGUAACACAACCGGAUUUCUAUCAUUCACCCCCUGUGGAAAGAGCACGGAAGAUAUCGGUACACGGACCAACCUGUGACCACAGAGUAUUUCGGAAAUUUUUGCACGAGGAUGCUAUCAUCAAGAGGGAUGAUGCAGUAGAAAUCGCAAAGGAGGGCAUCAAUAUUUUAAGUCUUGCUACGCGUUCGUUUGUCGAAAGUCGUGAUUACAACACAAAAUACGAUCAAGCGGGCUGGAACAAAUUGAUGCAGGAGUUGGUCCUCAAGACAGGAGAUUUCAACCUCGAGCAAGAAGCAUACAGUCAUUAUGACAUUAAAAGCGUGUAUGAAGCUGAAGCGCGUAGUGGAAAUCCAUUUAUGGUGUGUAUACUCAGCGCUAUAAACUGUUUUCCCAAGAGGAGGUUCCACUCACGAAAACUGUCGUUGGAAAGACACCUGCAAAUAGAGGUUCACAGGUGGUUGCAAGUCCUUCAAGACUGCGAAAUUGAUCUUGAGGCUUACGGGCAAAGAGAACACGGCAUGAUAUUCAGAAAAGGCAAGAGACCACUGUUGAUUCAUGACUACAAAGAAACAUGGCUGUGGACGGGAUUUUCUUGGGGGUCCAACCCAAGUGACUGGGUUUUCCAUGUCGAUCGCGUAGUGGAAAGGUUCUCUGACGAUUUCUGGCGGCUGAUAGAUAAUCCUAUCCAGCAAGUUCCAGGGGCGUGGAUCGAAGACGAGGACCUUCACUCAGAUCUUUCCGAUUCUGAGCUGGAAGAUGGUUUAGACGAUGAUUCGGAAUAG